CUCAACCCUCUUUCAUCAUCAAAUUGUGUUCAUAUUUCUUCUAGUUAACGACCCAAUUCAACCAUGGGAGUGUUCACAUUCACCGAUGAGCACACGUCCUCCGUUCCUCCGGUGAGAUUGUUCAAGGCCCUGAUCGUCGACUCUCAUAAACUCAUCCCCAAGCUCUGGCCUCAAGCUAUCAAGAACAUCGACAUCCUCCAAGGCAAUGGAGGGCCCGGAACCAUCAAGCAAAUCAACUUCGUCGAAGGUAGUCAGCUCGGCAAAAUGAAGAAUUGCGUGGACGAAUUGAACGAGGAGACAUUCGUGUACAAGCAUACAAUGAUUGAUCUCAAGGAGAAAUUUGAAUUCAUUGCUUACGAAGUUAAGUUUGAGCCAACACCUGAUGAGGGGAGCAAGAACAAGAUGACCAGCAUGUACUACACCAAGGGUAACGUCGAGCUCAAAGAAGAAGACAUCGAAGCCGGCAAAGAGAGAGCCUUGGGAAUGUACAAGGUCGCCGAAGCGUACCUUCUCCAAAAUCCCGACGCUUAUGCUUGAAAAAACUUCAAGAGAUCUGUCAAUGGAUUUGAGACACUUUCCCUCAAUAAGCGCACAUGGUAUAUUGUGUCUUGUCUCAAAGUCAUUAUUGGGUUCUUCAUGUGAUCGUCACUUAUCUUUGGAUGGUAACAAAAGCACAUAGUUUUUAUUCGGUUGUAGCCGUGAGUCAUUGAAUAGUGCUUUCUUCUUUAAAAUUGAGCCAACAUGAAAAAUCAAUUUCCUUUUUGUAUAUGAUCUAACAUGACCUAAGUAACU